AGCGCCUUCCUCCCUGUUUUUCCUGACGUUGUUCCCAGCUGUUCCCUCCCCCUUCGUGGCUCCUCCUCUGUGAGCCUUCUGGGUCCAUCGAGCGAUCGUCCCAAACAAAAACUUUCAAGACUUCCUGAAGCUUCUCCUGUUCCACAAUCGGGGGGGACCGUGGCGAAUUGGGACGAGUGAUGAAACUUAAACUAUGGUACUCAUGACGGAGCAGGCGGGCGCCCCUCCGCCCCCGUUAUCCGCGCCAGAACAACUUCCCUGCAAGGACUCCCGUGGGAAAACCUCGACGUCUGAGGUGGACAAUGGAGGCGAGAGGCCGCAGAGGAGGCGUGGACGCACACCAGCAGACCUCCGGCUCCCUCUGGACACGGAAUCAGAUCCCUCUGAGACUAGGAAGAAACCAGCUGGCAUGAGGCUGAAACCCGUGGAACAGCUCUCACCGAUGCUGAGCCUAAGUGACAUUGAAACAAAGUUUGACAGGAAGAAAUCGCAACCCAGCCAUAUAUCCAAGACGAACGCCCAGUAUCAUAAGUUAUUCAAGGAGAUCAGCAAAGAUGAGUUACUCAAACAGAGUUACACCUGCGCCCUGCAGAGAGACAUUCUAUAUCAGGGAAGAAUGUUUGUCUCUGAUAACUGGAUCUGCUUUCACUCCAAAGUCUUUGGCCGAGACACCAAGAUUUCAAUCCCAGUGAUGUCUGUGAAAUUCAUCAAAAAAACCAAAACUGCAAUAUUAGUGCCAAAUGCCCUGGUGAUUGAAACUACAAAUGACCAGCACGUGUUUGUAUCGUUCCUCUCUCGCAACACCACCUUCAAACUUCUGAAAGCCAUCUGCCUUCAUUUGGAGGUGGAUAAGGCUUGUAGCAGCCCUGUUACUUCCUCCUGUGAAAACAGCUUCAGAGCUAGCUGCCCGUCCUCGCUUCCUCUGGACUUUUCUGCAGAGUUUUCUGACUUUGAUGGAGUCAUGCAGCAUCGAAGGCAGGACCUAAUGGAGAGCAGCAGCUCUGGCUCUCAGACUCCCGAUUAUGACAAAAUAAGUGACUUCACUCGCCUCCCAGACUCGUUCCUUAGUGCAGUGAAGAGCAGAGAGGUUUCAGUCCAUGCAGACAUCCACCUCCAGACCUCGAGCCAAAAACAUGGGAAUGCCCUCAAGAACGUGUCAAGCAGUCCAGCACGUGGACCUCUACAGAAAGACAAAACAUCCCAGCCAAAGUCUUUGCAUGUCAUUCUACUCAUCUAUCUUUUUUUAGUCGGCGUUCUUGUUUUGUCCUCCUGUUACAUGGCGUUCAAGAUUGUGGCUCUCGAGCAUCGGCUGAACUCCAUGUUGUCGAUGGGAGAACACAUUCGUAAUGAAAAUAUGGGCAUCCAAAGGUCACCAGAUGAAGUGAAUGCUGAGAUCUACGGGGAGCUGUCCACCAACCUCUUCAAGCUAGAGAAGAUUCAAAGAAACCUCCAGAAGCUUCUUGAAGAGACUUAAGAAGAGGACUGUGGUCUGUUUGCCUGUGCAGACGGAAGCUUUGCUAUUAAUUAGAGAUGCUGUGUGAGCUUGUCAGAGCAGCAGUGAUCACAUUUGGUAGCUCUGCUUCCAAAGCACGGGCAGGUCAUCCAGAAAGCCUUGUCUAAAAAGCUGUGUGAAUAUUUGUUGUGCAAUAGUGGCCUCCUUUUGCUUUUUCCACUCAGGAUUAUUUUAAAAUUGAAAAAUGAUUUUAAACAAAGGUGUGCUGAAGCUGAAUGUUAGUGAAGAAGGAAAUGGAGCUUUUUUCAGGUCUAGAGGUUCAAAGGUCCAAUGUCAGUGUUUUUAAACACUUCUUAUAAGGUCAAAUAAGUGCUAUUCAGAUUUUUUUGUUAGCAUUAGUAAUAAAUAUCUAUGUAGUGAGCAUAAAUCACUUACCUGGGUGUGUAUGCACAAUAGACUUUUUCUUUAGUGGAGCAUUGACACUGCAUUUGUAUAUAGAGCAAAGUGCUUUUAGCAUACAUGAGUAAAGUUUGCUUAGUGAAAUCGUUUCUACAUAGUUUGUAAUAAGAUCUAAUAAGCUUAGUUUCUAUUGUACUGUAUAUUUAUUUCGUGUAAAUGUUUUACUAAAAGACUUUAACUCAGUUUCCGAACACCUGAUGCUCUCGCCUUACAAAUGACAUUUUUCACAAUGAUCAACCAUUUUAAAAAGUCUCCUGUUUUGUGUAUCCAGUCUGUUGUAUAAGUGUAGCUUUUUAGAAAAUCUCUGUCAUUUCUGGAGGCCCGUUUUGGUUUCUGUUUAAAUGUGCUUUGAUAGUUUGCAGUCACACCGAUUGUCUGAAAUAAACAGCUCUUGCAUUCUAUCUGGUGAGCGUUGCUUCAACAGCAUUCCUACUUACAGGGAAUCACUGAGUUGUACAGGGCUGGUCACAGGUCAGGUGACACCUGCAGACCACAGUCAAAUCAGCUGUGGGGUAAUCUGAUAAUAGAAUGAUUUGCUUGAAUGUCUGCAGGAAGUUGUGGCAGUUGUGCUCGUUGAAAGUCCAACAUUCAAAUUAGGGUUAGAGAAACAAAAAAUGCUUCACAUGCUCCAAGAACUAUAAAGUAUUUAUUAUACUGAAUGUAUUCUACCUGUUUAUACUCAAUUGUACAAAAUGUAGUUAUGUCACUUUUCAAAAAUACAAAUAUCAAAU